AGACAGAGCAAAGAAGGCAGGCAGCAGUCGCUGGCAACCGAUGUGAAGACCGGACUCCGUGCGCCCCUGGCCGCCUCUGCCCGGCCACAUCGAUGUUGUGUCCGCCGCCCGCUCGCCCUGAUCACGAUGAACGCGCAGCUGACCAUGGAGGCGAUCAGCGAGCUGCACGGGGUGAGCCAUGAGCCGGUGCCCGCCCCCGCCGACCUGCUGGGUGGCAGCCCCCACGCGCGUAGCUCCGUGGCGCACCGCGGCGGCCACCUGCCCCCUGCACACCCGCGCUCCAUGGGCAUGGCGUCGCUGCUGGACGGCGGCGGCGGCGGCGACUACCACCACCACCACCGGGCUCCCGAGCACAGCCUGGCCGGCCCCCUGCACCCCACCAUGACCAUGGCCUGCGAGACUCCCCCAGGUAUGAGCAUGCCCACCACCUACACCACCUUAACCCCUCUGCAGCCGCUGCCGCCCAUCUCCACCGUGUCGGACAAGUUCCCCCAUCAUCACCACCACCACCAUCACCACCACCAUCCGCACCACCACCAACGCCUGGCGGGCAACGUGAGCGGUAGCUUCACUCUCAUGCGGGAUGAGCGCGGGCUGGCCUCCAUGAAUAACCUUUAUACCCCCUACCACAAGGACGUGACUGGCAUGGGCCAAAGCCUCUCGCCCCUUUCUGGCUCCGGUCUGGGCGGCAUCCAUAACUCCCAGCAAGGGCUCCCCCAUUACGCCCACCCAGGCGCCACCAUGCCCACCGACAAGAUGCUCACCCCCAAUGGAUUCGAAGCCCACCACCCGGCCAUGCUCGGCCGCCACGGGGAGCAGCACCUCACGCCCACCUCGGCCGGCAUGGUGCCCAUCAAUGGCCUUCCCCCACAUCAUCCUCACGCCCACCUGAACGCCCAGGGCCAUGGGCAGCUCCUGGGCACGACCCGGGAGCCCAAUUCAUCGGUGACCGGCGCGCAGGUCAGCAAUGGAAGUAAUUCAGGGCAGAUGGAAGAGAUCAAUACCAAAGAGGUAGCGCAGCGUAUCACUACCGAGCUCAAGCGCUACAGCAUCCCACAGGCCAUCUUCGCGCAAAGGGUGCUCUGCCGCUCCCAGGGGACUCUCUCGGACCUGCUGCGCAACCCCAAACCCUGGAGCAAACUCAAGUCCGGUCGGGAGACCUUCCGUAGGAUGUGGAAGUGGCUGCAGGAGCCGGAGUUCCAGCGCAUGUCCGCGCUCCGCUUAGCAGCAUGCAAAAGGAAAGAGCAAGAACAUGGGAAGGAUAGAGGCAACACACCCAAAAAGCCCAGGCUGGUCUUCACAGAUGUCCAGCGCCGAACUCUACAUGCAAUAUUCAAGGAAAAUAAGCGUCCAUCCAAAGAAUUACAAAUCACCAUUUCCCAGCAGCUGGGGUUAGAGCUGAGCACCGUCAGCAACUUCUUCAUGAAUGCUCGGAGGAGGAGUCUGGAUAAGUGGCAAGACGAGGGCAGCUCCAAUUCAGGCAACUCAUCUUCAUCAAGCACUUGUACCAAAGCAUGAAGAAUAACCACAGACUGAAACCUCGGUGGAAAAGCUUUAAAU